UUUCACUUACUUUUACUCACGAUGAUGCCGUCAUUCAAGAGCAGUGAAUCCGCACCGACUGUGCCAGAUUUUGUAGAUAUACCAUUAUUUCAAAUAAAAUUUAUGGGCGCAAAACUUUUCAAAUGGACUCCGGAUGAACCGAGAAGCAAACUGCAAAUAACCUUACUAGGAACAUUUUGCGUUUUUGCUACCUUCAAUUUCACAAGCAUGUUGCUCUUCGUCAUCAAGGACGAGUUAGAGACUUCUCUAGAUAUAACUGAGUUUAUACUGUUUUGGGGUUUUGCGCUCAAUGCAAUGAUGAAGGGCGGUACAAUGGUCUGUUUUCGACGUGACAUCGAAUUUGUACUAAAAGGUUUAAUUGCCAGACAUCCAAAAACGGAGGAAGAACGCGAGGCUUUUCAAUUGGUGCCAUACUUUCGAACAAUAAAUGCAUCCAAUAAAUAUUUGUCAAUAUGGCAUUUAAGUAUAACAUUAAUAUUUGCUCUUCAUCCAAUGGUGUCAUCGUUACUUCGUUAUAUAUGGCGUGACGAUACAAAUGAAAGUUAUGACUUCACGUUUCCCUUCAUGAUGGCAUAUUACUAUGACACAAAUCAACCGUUAACUUAUGCCGUUUCAUAUUUCAUACAAUGCUGUGGCGCUUUUUAUAUGUCACUGCUGUUUUUGAGUGGCGAUUUAUUGCUCAUCUCCAUGGUACAACUAGUUAAUAUGCAUUUCGGAUAUUUAAUCUAUAAAAUAGAGAGUUUUCAACCAACCGGUACGGAUGCUGAUAUGAGAACGCUGGGACCGUUGCUGGAAUAUCACAAUGAGAUAUUGGAUUAUGCCGAGCGAAUCGAUGGCACUUUCAGCUUGGCCACAUUUCUCAACUAUGUCGGCUCAUGUUUGGUACUAUGUCUCAUUGGUCUUCAAAUAGUUUUGGGUUCAGAGGCUCUGAGCGUUAUUAAAUUCAUCGGUUUUCUUGUUUCAACCAUAGUGCAAGUCUUUUUCGUCUCCUAUUUCGGCAAUAACCUGAAAGAUUUGAGCACUGGUAUAAGUGAUGCGUUCUACAAUCAUCCCUGGUACGAUGCAAAUUACAAGUACAUGCGCAUGCUGGUUCUACCCAUAGCACGUUCUCAGCGUUAUGCUCACUUGACAGCUUUUAAAUUCUUCGAAAUCUCAAUGGAUAGUUUUAAGUCGCUCUGUACAACUUCUUAUCAAUUUUUUACACUUCUGCGGACAAGCAUGGAAGAAGAGGAUAGUUAGAUGCAUAGAAGUUAAGCGGAAUUUAUUCUGGGUAAUCGCAGAGAUAUUUUUAAAAUAGUAAUUUCGAAAAAUAUAUGUACCUAUUAUUUCUGAAAGUUGUGAGGUACCGGGCAUAUACUGAAAUGAAUUUUAUGAAAGAUAGUAACUUCUUUAAUGUUGAUAAAGUUUUGCUGCAUUCGUUUUAUAAGAGAGCCUGGAAAAUUAAAGAAACCCGAGUUAUUCCUUGAUCUUUAUUAUAAUAAGUUGAUGUCUUUGAUCAGAUUAUGAUAGGAUUUGUUUAUAAAAUAUUCUGUUUAAAUUGCAGAACAGACAGAAUAAAAAGCAAUUAUAGCAAUU